AUGGAAGAUCCUGAAACGGAAUUUACAUAUCUGAUUGCUGGCGGCUCCCGAAAUCCAAUACCAAUGGAAAAAUUCCUACCCUAUAUGGUAUCGAUACGUUCCAGAAAUCCACAAAAAUAUUUUGGUGAUAAUCAUUUCUGUGCGGGGACAAUAAUUGAAAAGGAUUUAGUGCUGACCACGGCCCAUUGUGUGAUGGACAAACGUCGGGUUAUAACCAAACCUCGUAGGUUGUUAUUGGUUGCUGGAACGCCAAAUCGAGUGGAACCUGCCAAUACUACCAUUCAGUACCCAGUACGUUCUCUAGUGGCUAAUACAAAUUUUGUACGCAAAAAUCUAAAUGAUAUUGCCAUUAUACGUCUGAAGGGACUAAUACCGGAGAAUAGCUCGGCCAUAAGAGCCAUUAAGUUACCGGUGGGUCCACCUCAAUAUGGUAGCCAUUGUACGUUAUUGGGAUGGGGCCGCUUGUGUAGGAACGGUCCCCUGUCAGAUUUGGCAACACAUUUGGGCGUCCGUCUAUACACACCCGAGGAAUGUCGUCAAAAACUGGCAGACAGAUUUAAAGAAGGUAUGCUGUGUGCCGGUGAAAAUAAACCGUUUAAACAGGACCCUUGUCGUGGUGACAGCGGUGGUCCUUUGAUUUGCAAUAACACCCUAACCGGUAUCAUUUCGUGGACCAUUGGUUGUGGUAGCUUCCAUGCCGCCAGCCUAUACACAGAUGUUUGCCAUUAUAGACCCUUGCGCAAAGGUGAGCAAGAUUUUGUAGAUCGUACACUAGCUGAAUAUGAUGACCGCAUAGUGAAAAUCCAAGGCCGUAUUAGCAGUGGUUAUAGACCAAUAAACGCCGAUUUAGAUCGUCAUGUGGUGUCGAUUAGGACCCGCAAGCCAACCGCCUACUUUGGUGAUAAUCAUUUUUGUGCCGGUGCCAUUAUUACCUCGAGAAUAAUUUUGACAGCCGCUCAUUGUGUGGUGGAUGGACAUCGCAUUGUUACCCGUCCUCGGCGGCUAAGAGUGGUGGCAGGCUCUCCAAAUCGUUUGAAAAAACAACAGACCACAAUGGAGUUUAUGGUCUCAAAGGUUAUACCACAUCCCAAAUUUCAGCGACGCAAAGGUUAUGAUAUUGCCCUGCUGGUGUUGUCCGACUCAAUACCAAGAUCAAAUACAAAAAUCAAAAUUAUAUCAUUGGAAAAACACAGACCAGAGGUGGGAACUAAAUGUCAAACUCUGGGAUGGGGACAGCUUUAUUGGGACGGUCCAUAUGCUGAUCGCAUUACCUAUGGCAAUAUGAGCAUAGUGUCCAAUUCUCUGUGUGUGAAGGCUUAUGGCAAUUAUUUUACCGACGAUUUACUUUGUGUUGCCAAUCCCAAAGAUCCUUUUGUUGAUACCUGCCGUGGCGAUUCAGGAGCUCCAUUGAUCUGUCAUAAUAAAUUAGUUGGCAUUGUUUCGUUAAGCA